GCGGCCAUGUUCCAGCACGACAUGCUGGAGGCCGCCUGCGGCCGGGUCAGCAUCGCCGACGUGGAGGCUCCGGUGAUGAGGCAGCUGCUGGCCUACAUGUACACCCUCCAGACGCCGCAGCUGUCCAGCACGGCCCCGCAGCUGCUGGCGGCGGCGGAUAAGUACGGCCUGACGGCACUGAAGGCUGCCUGCGAGCGGCAGAUGGCCGCUCAGCUGGACGUCGAGAACGCGGCGGCCGCAGCUGUCGUAGCGGUGAGGCACUCCUGCCCCCAGCUGACCGCGGCUGCCGUCGCCUUCAUAAACGCCAACCGCCAGGUCUUGUCAACCCGGGGCUGGGCAGAGGCGAUGAGGAACCACCUAGAACACGUCAUCGAAGUGACCAGGCUGCUCAGCGAGACACCAGCGGAAACUGGGUCGGCGGGCAGUGGGGGGACCGCGGGGGCUGUGCGGCACGGCAGGUGGGGCCGCACACCCGUGGCUACCGUAGCGCCCAUGGUACCUCUCAGCGGUGCCCCGCCCGACGACGCCGACGCCUCUCGCAUGCGCCCUCCAUCCGCUGGAGACAAGAAGAAGGCGGGCACCACUCAGCCGCAGAGCAAACACAGCCGGACUCCUGCCGCAGCCGCGGCGCCCGUGGCUGCUCCACCCUCUGCCUCGUCUGAUGCGACCGCCGCUUGUCGCACGCCCACGCCAACCACUGGAGACGGUAAGACGGUCGCCUCCAUUCAGCCACACACCAAACAGGAUCAGACACGUGUUGCAGCUGUGGCGCCCACGGCUCCUCAGCCCACUCCUCCAUAUGAUGACGCCGUCGCCUCUCGCAUGCGCCCGCCAGCCGCUGGAGACAAGAAGAAGACGGCCGUGUCUCAGCCGCAGAGCAAACACAGCCGGACUCCUGCCGGAGCCGCGGCGCCCGCGGCUGCUCCACACACUGACCCAUCUGACGCGGCCGUCCCUUGUCUUACUCCCCCUCCAUCCGCUGGAGACAAGAAAAAGGCGGGCACCACUCAGCCGCAGAGCAAACACAGCCGGACUCCUGCCGCAGCCGCGGCGCCCGUGGCUGCUCCACCCUCUGCCUCGUCUGAUGCGACCGCCGCUUGUCGCACGCCGACGCCAGCCGCUCCAGACACCAAGACGGCCGCCACCACUCAGCCACACAGCCAACACGACCAGACACGUGUUGCAGCUGUGGCGCCCACGGCUCCUCAGCCCACGCCUCCAUACGAUGACGCCGUCGCCUCUCGCAUGCGCCCGCCAGCUGCUGGAGACAAGAAGAAGACGGCCGCCACUCAUACGCAGAGCAAACACAGCCGGACUGCUGCCGCAGCCGCGGCGCCCGUGGCUGCUCCCCCCUAUAGCCCGUCUGAUACUGCCGUCGCUUGUCUUACCCCCAGACCGGCCUCUGGAGACAGCAGGACGGCCACCACCACCAUCACCACCACCAGCAGCACCACCAGCACCACCAUCACUACCACCAGCACCACGAGUCUGCCGCCCGGCGACCGCGGCGACCCCUGCCCAACUGCUGCUGCAGCUGCGCCCCUCACGACUCCACGCUCCACGCCGCCUGUGGAUGGUGCUGCCGUCUCUCGCCUACGGAGACUUUCUGGUGAAGAGAAGGGCAGGAGGCUGAUCGAGGCGGCUAAAGUGGGGGCAGUGACGGACGUGCAGACGUUGCUGGCGGCAGGAGCAGACCUCGAGGUGAGGGACAGUGACGGGUACACCGCCCUGCACUGGGCAGCGGAGAGGGGGCACGUCGAUGUGGCGAGGUGUCUGCUGGAGGGUGGCGCCGAGGUGGACGCCACCAACGACAGUCGGACCACGCCUCUGCACAGGGCUGCACAGAGCGGCCACGCCGCCGUGGUGCGGCUGCUGGUGGCGUCCUCCGCCCGCACCGACGCCAGGAACCGGUGGGGGUGGACGCCGCUGCACUGGGCGGCAGUGCGUGGCCACGCGGAGGCGGCGGCGGCGCUGCUGGAGGCGGGCGCCGACAGGAAAGCUACGACUGACGAACUGUACACACCGCUUGACUUCGCCAGGCAUAAGCACCACCAACAUCUGAUAAGCAUGCUAAGAUAAACCCAUCAACGCAUUAAAUUUUCCUGGCGGAAAACGAAUCGAGUUUCAGUAGAUGAAUUUUCUGUAUUUUUAAAAUAAGGAGUAUGAAAAAGUUAA